ACAGAGGGGGGAGGUAAUAAUUCGUGUUUGAGGAAGAUGGCGUCUGCGAAGAAAGCUGGGAGCGCUGUUCUUGAAAAAGCAGUAAAUAGAAGACGCUCGUCAAAACACAAAGAAGGUCCAAUAGUGAUGGACACCAAGGCAGUAUUCACUGCCUUGUAUGAUGUGUGUGAAGAAAAUGCCAACUUCUUCUCUGGGGCCACAAAGGGCCAAGCCGGGGACGCAGCCCAGCGCCUUGUGGAUGCCAUGACCACCAUCCAGGAGCAUGCCCGGAGCCUGGAGCCUGUCAUCUCUGGAUUCGCUGCCAUCUACCACCAUUUUGACUUUGAUCCUCAUAUUCCCGCCAAUGGAUAUCGCUCCCUUGUUAAGGUGGUGCGCUGUUGCCUCCUCCACAUCAUCCACAAAGGGCGCUAUAUCACAUCCAACAGGCGAAGCAUCUUUUUCCGUGCAAGCCAUAAUGCAGCAGAGAUGGAGGCGUACUGUAGCGCUCUGUGUCAGCUCAGGGCGCUGCUCUAUCUGGCUCAGAGACUGCUUCAUGACAACAGCCACGGCAACCUUUUCUUCCAGGAGGAAAGUGGCCUCAGUCAGAGCUUCCUGAGAGAAUACGCCUCCAUGCACAAGGGAUGCUUCUAUGGCCGCUGUGUUGGAUUUCAGUUUACUCCUGCAAUCCGUCCAUGCCUGCAGUCAAUUGCUAUUAGUCUGGUUGCCUUCGGAGACAACUACAAGAAGCAUCAGUCAGGGAUAGUGGAGGCAGGAGAUAUUGCUCCAUAUGGUGUAGCAGCAAGUUCUUUCCUGACCUCUGGGAAGUAUGCCAUUGACCCUGAACUGAGAGGUCAGGAGUAUGAACGCAUCACUCAGAACCUGGAUGUUCAUUUUUGGAAGACAUUCUGGAACGUAACGGAGACUGAAUUUCUAUCAAGUCUGGUGUCUAUGACAGCCACACAAGUGAAGGUGAAUCGAGCUCUUUCUGUUCCCCCCCUGCCCUUUGACCUGCCAUUGGUGACAGAUCCCACCCACAUGGUGACUGUGUCUCCUCCUGCAGCUCAUAUUGGCCCGGGGCCUGUGCAUAUGAGAUUGAUCUCAUAUGAGCUGAGAGAAGGACAGGACAGUGAGAAAUUACUAGCACUGUGUCGCUCAGAGGGGGGCCCGAUAUCUCUUUCUUUGGGCCUGAAGACGAAGCGCAGUCCUCCUUCCCCAUGGCUGGUGUUGCACUUCCACGGAGGAGGCUUUGUGGCACAGACUUCCAAAUCACACGAGCCAUAUCUGAGGAGCUGGUCCCAAGACCUGAAUGCCCCCGUCCUUUCGGUGGACUAUUCUCUGGCCCCCGAGGCCCCGUUUCCUCGGGCUUUGGAGGAAUGUUUCUAUGCCUACUGCUGGGCCAUCAAGAACCACAACCUGCUAGGUUGGACCGGUGAGCGUGUGUGUUUGGCCGGUGACAGCGCAGGAGGAAACCUGUGUGUGACCGUGUCGAUGCGGGCCGCUGCUCACGGUGUGCGCAUGCCGGAUGGCAUCGUCGCCGCAUACCCCGCCACCCUGCUCACCGUGUACGCUUCGCCAUCCCGCCUGCUCUCCCUUAUGGACCCUCUGUUGCCCCUCAGUGUGCUCGCACGCUGCCUCAGCGCUUACGCAGGCACAGAUCCACAGGUGGAGAAGCAGGUGGAGAAGGUGAGCACUUUCAGCAUGGUGAGGAGAGAUACUGCUCUGCUGCUCCGAGACUUCAAACAGGGGGCUUCCAACUGGAUCCAUGCACUGCUGGACAGAGGGAGUGCAGACUCUGUAAGAAAGAGCGUUUCAGAAGUGUCUCUGACCUCUCCUCAUGCAGACCCUCCGGUGUCUGGCAAGGCGUCUGAAUACUCCCUUGAGAAAGGGUCUCUGAAGAGCCAGACGUGCCAGGACUUGGGCACGCACACUAACAGCGGUGCCAGCAACGUACAGAAAAAUGCCAGCCAGACUGCCAACCACCUUAGCACCACCACAGUCAAACACAACUCCAUCCUUGACAUCACACUGACACCCGAGAGCAAGCCCGAGGAUGUGAGUUUCUUCCUCUGCAAAGAUGUAGAUCCCUCAGUAUCAGAAUCCUUUUCAUCUGUGGCCAUUCCGCCCCCUGUUGGUGAGGAGGACUCUGAGAAACCCCGGGAGUUUCCAGAGGGCUUUGAGCCUCUGCGGUCAGAGCAAUUAGCAGAGAUGAACAUGCAGAGUUCUCCCAUUGUCAGAAACCCCUACAUGUCCCCCCUUCUGGCUCCAGACAGCAUGCUAAGGGGACUACCUCCCAUACACAUAGUGGCCUGUCAUCUGGACCCCAUGCUGGACGACUCUGUGAUGUUUGCCAAAAGGCUGCGAAAUGUCGGUCAGCCAGUGACCCUAUGUGUCGUGGAUGACCUUCCUCAUGGCUUCCUUAGUCUGUCACAGCUCUCGAGGGAGACUCGGGAAGCUGCUAACGUAUGCAUGGAGCGAAUCAGGGAUGUCUUCACCAUGAAAGACCCUCCCCCAGAGCUGCGCAAGCACCGCAAACUGGAACGGACCAACCAGAAGCCUGCUACCAAAAGAGACCACACUCCGCUUUUGAAAGAGGCCGUGCAGAAGGAGGAGGGGUUAUUUGUUAUAGGAGGGGCUCCUGUUGUGAAUGAGGAGGGGCUUGCUGAUUUUUACCCUCCCACUAAAUCUGAAGCUGAAAAGAUUCCAGCUUAGAUUUGGGCCUGGUUCCGUUCUGAAUGAUACCAAAAGAGAUACAUAUGGGUUGGAGUAAGGUCAUAUUAUUUGAAUAACGCCGUUAUUAUAGUGGAUAAGAGUCUAGAGAGACAAAUAAA